UGGCGGCGACUCCUACAUCUCUGAUUGUUGGUAAUUAUUUUGAUGUUUAUGAAUCUCUGUAUAAACAAGUUGAUAUUAUGGGAACUGGUAGAAUAGGUGCUAUUGACGCUGCUGCAUAUUUAAAGAAGUCAGGUUUAAAAGAGACAGUAUUACAUAAAAUAUGGGAAUUAUCUGAUCCUGCUGGUAAAGGAUUCUUAGACAAGCAGGGCUUUUUUGUUGCUCUAAAAUUAAUUGCUUUAUCUCAGAAUGGUGAAGAAGCUAGUAUAUCAAAUAUUAAUCUUUCUGUUCCACCCCCAAAUAUGUAUGGAGGGACCGGUGUAUCAGAUCCUUCACAUUGGUCUGUGACACCACAAGAUAAAAUUAAAUUUGAUGGUAUAUUUGAUGGAUUAUUACCAAUAAAUGGUCUGCUAUCUGGUGACAAAUGUAAACCUGUCUUUAUGAAUUCCAAUUUGCCUGUUGAUAUACUUAGCAAGGUAUGGGAUCUGAGUGAUAUAGACAAUGACGGCUAUUUGGAUAAAGAUGAAUUCUCUGUGGCAAUGUACUUAGUAUACAGAGCAUUAGAAAAAGAAGUAAUUCCGUCUACCUUGCCGUUAUCGCUGAUACCAUUGUCUAAAAGAAAGAAACCAGGUCCUGGACUUGUUGGUGGAGUCGCUGUGCUUCCUAGUGUACUUCCUCCUGCUGCUAGUCUACGCAGAAAUACACCAACACCGCCUGGGAGUACAGGAAGUGUAUCCCCAUCAACGUUGUCACCACAACUCGGUUUAAAACAUGCUCAUUUGAAAACACCAGCAACGUGGGUUGUCUCCGCCCAAGAUAAAGCUCAUUAUGAUAAUAUAUUCAAAAGAUUGGAUACUGAUAAUGAUGGAUUAGUGACUGGGGAUGAAGUUAGGCAAACAUUUCUCCAGUAUUGUAUUCCUCAGGCUUGUCUUGCCCAUAUAUGGAUGUUGUGUGAUAUGAAACAGAUUGGUCGACUGAAUGCUGAGCAGUUUGCUCUGGCACUGUAUCUUUUAAGUCAGAAAGCUAAUAAUGGUGUUGAUCCACCGCUGCAGCUAACUGGUGAAAUGAUUCCUCCAUCUUCAAGACCCAAACCAUUAUCCGACGGAACUGGCAGCGGUAAUGUCAGUGCAAGUAGCAGCAUGGGAGAUUUUUCUGCUAUCAAAGAACUAGACAGUAUCAGCAAAGAUAUUGACCAAUUAGGACGAGAGAAAUCGCAAUUGCUGUUGGACAUCAAUCAGAAGGAGUCACUUAGUAAACAGAAAGAAGAUGAAGUACAGGAAUUACUAAGUGAACUUGACAAAGCCAAUACACAGUUAAGGCAGCUAGAGUUUCAGAAAACAGAAGCACAAAAGAACCUAGAUGAAUUGGAUGAAUCUAAAGCCAAAUUGGAAGCCACACUGGCUCAAGUUAGAGACAAGUGUGAAGAAGAGGAACAGAAUAUUAAAACAUUGAGAUCACAAAUAUCUACGCAAGAAAAUACAAUAAAGAGCCAGGAUGAUGAAUUAAACAGACUAAGAAUAGAGCUGAAUAAUCUGAGACAAGAAGAGUCUUUGUUAGAACAGAAAGUUGAAGCUGGUAAAGCACAAUUAGACGAAGUGAUCAAAUCGUUAAAAGAGUCACAAUCACAUGUAAAUGAGGAACAAAGUAAAGUGAACCAAUUGAAAGAAACACAGCGUAACUUAACCAACAGUAUAGACAGACAUAAUGAUAUAUUAAAUAAAGUAUCGACUGGUGCUAUUACUAGUAUUUAUGAUAUAGACAAUGCACUGUUAGAUGCUACGACUCCAACACCGUCUGAAAUUGAUUCAUUUAGCGCAAGAGCAACAGCAGGGAGCAGUCCUGUGAGCAGUCUCAGUGGAUUCAGUACUGGUUCGGGGUUUGAGAAAGGUGAUAGUGACAUAAAUGCCGAUGCAUUUAAUGGUAAAGAUCCAUUUGCAAUGACACUGACUGAAACAGUUGAUCCAUUCAAAGACGUUGAUCCAUUCAAGACUGAUAUUUUUACCAGCGAUCCGUUUAAAGAUACAGAUCCAUUUGGUGCUGGCAAAGAAGACACGGUUUCCGAUGACCCGUUUAAAUCUACAACAGCAGUGGACGGACAGUCGUAUAAUGCAUUUACUUCCACCGAUUUAUUUAGUACUGAUCCAUUUGAUAGCAAAUGUAAGGCUUCCAGUAUUGCCACUGAUACAUUUGGAGGGGAAACAUUUUCUACUAAAGACUCUAUGCCAGCACUACCUCCAAAGAAAAGCAAACCAGCUUCCUCCGAUAAAGUAGUAGAUCCAUUUCAAUCAUCCAACGAUGAUCCGUUCCAGUUUAGUAAUUCUGAUAAAGAUCCAUUUAGUGGAUUCUCUGAUAAAACUGUUACGCCUGCAUCUGAUCCAUUUAGCAGUGGUUCUCCAUCGGUUCAAGGAUCUGAUCCAUUUAGUGGCAGUACAACUUUGGCUCAGACACCUGAUCCUUUCAGCAGUGGUGUACCGGGAUCUGAUCCGUUUAGUGGUGGGACAGCAUCAGUUCCGGCAUCUGAUCCUUUCAGUGGUGGGACAGCGGCAGUUCCAUCAUCUGAUCCAUUUAGCGGUGGGACAUCAUCUGAUCCAUUUGGUGGUGGGACAGCAUCGAUUUCAUCGUCUGAUCCAUUUGGUGACGGUGCACCAUCAGCUCCAGCAUCUGAUCCAUUUAGUGGAGGUAUUGAUCCAUUUAGCAGCACCACUAGUACACAGUAUGAAGGAUUUGGAGGAUUUGCAAAGACUUUGGAAAAGCUCAGAUAAAAGAAUUCUCCUCAGAAGAGGCACAGCUUGAGUGGGCAACUAUGGAAAGUCAAAGGCUUGAAGAAGAGAGGCAAAUGAAAAUCCAGCGACAAGAACAAGAUGAUUUAGAGAAAGCGUUAGCAUUAAGUAGAUCUGAAGCAGGA